AUUCAUAGACAACCACGUACUCUAGACUCCUAGACUACUAGACACACUCCCCGGUUUUUUUACUUGCGAACUUUUGGCAUCUUGUUCUUUUUCCCCAUUCACUCACUGUCUCGCUCCCAAGCAAAGCACAUUCACACCAAUCCUACAUAUACGAAUUACACACAUCCCCUGUUUGCCUGCCAAUUCAGAUCUCAAGCUUCCUCAAUUCGGUUGUUGAAGAAAUUCAAUCACUGCCAUCACCGUGACAAAAGAUUCUGUAUAAUACAAAUAUAUAUUUUAUGAUAAAGGUAUGUAACCCAAGAGAAGCCGUACAAUGGCAACAGAUACUGAUCAUCGUGCAUAUUGUGGCCACUUGAGACAUCCAUCGAGCUUUAGUUCAGACCCUCAGUAUGAGAUUCAGGAUGUGUCUAUCUCGGAACUUGUAAAUCAUGGUUCAAUAUCUUUUGGAAGAUUUGCUGCAGAAACGCUUGAUUGGGAAAAACGGUCAGUUUUUUCCAACAACAGAUAUCAGGAUGAAUUGGAGAAGUUUAAAGCCCCGGGCAUAGUUGCACAGAAGAAGGCCUACUUUGAAGAAUAUUAUCGGAAGAUUAGAGCUGCAAAGAAGUCGCAAACAGAGGAGCAAGAAAUCAGUCAGCCAGAUCCAUGUGAAGACAAACUUUCCUGUACUUCUCAAGCGCAGAAUACUGCUGAGAUUUGCAACUCAAAUGAUGUAAAGAAUUCAGAUAGUACUUCCCAAAUUACAGUUUUAGUGGAGAAGAUGAAUGAACAGCAACACAUAGCACCAGAAUCUAACAAGGGAAACUCAUUAGUUACUGGGAAACAAAAAGUCAACUUCAAAGAUGAUGUAGUAAAGAAGGUGCAGCAAAGUAACAAUACGUUGGAUUCAUCAGGACUUAAAUGCCUAAAGAAGGCCGUCAAGUUUCCUGCUUCAUCACAAAAAACGUGUUACACAUCCUCCCUCCCAAACAAAGUUGUCUCAGUUAGCCUAAAUGCUAAAAAACUGAAGGCUCGUACUCUGCUUUCUGAAGUCAAGGGGCCUGUUCCUCUAGCUAAAGAGGAGACAAUGUUAAACAACAUGGCAAGGAGAAAUGCAGCUAAGCUACCUGAGAAGGGAAACCCAUUAAGUGGUGGUGAUGGAAGUGUAAAUGGCAGCAGGAGAUUAGUAAUGGCUGAAAAGACUUCUCAUUUGCUACAAAGAAGUGUGAAGUGUAAGAAUCUAGCGGUUCAUAAAAGUUCUUCUAGAGUUCAGUCCAGCACUGAAGUAUCACAACCUGCUGUGUCAAGACAUAUUCCAACAACUUGUUUAAAUACCAAAAUUAACUCGGAUAAAUCAAAUUUAAAUUUUGGCUCCAGGAGCAAGAGUUCUUCAAGGCAUGCGAAUGUGACAAGUAAAGUGAAUAAUAUGUCUAGGGAAAGGUCCUCUGCUCGUAUUGCUGGGAAAACUUCAGAGUCAAGCAGCAGGGGCAUGACGUGGAGAAGUGGACAAUCUGAGAACCAGAAACCAAAAAUCAUAUCUAUAAACCGUCAGACAGAAACAAAUCCGAACAUCAGAGUAGGAACACAGAUAAAGGUAACUCGCGCAGUUGAUGGAAGAGUUCCAAAAACUGCUACAACUACCCCAUGCAAUGCUAACAAGGCGACAAGUUCCACAGCGGAGAAGAAGGUCAUGGCUCGUACUAACUUUCAGUUAGGUGCUCCCACAAGUGGUAGAAGGGAACAAAGGAACAAGCUGCCAAGCUGGCGAUGAAAGGUGGUCACUUGGGAAGACAGUAUGAUCGGAAUUAGAUGUCCAGAGUCACUUGCUAACAUCAAUAAAUCUGACAUGACAAAGAAUAAUGGAAGCAGAAGUCGGAGUAAUAGGCACCAACAGUUAUAAUUGUGUGUAUUUACUAUUUAGAGGCAUCGGCAGCAACUAUAGAUGUAUUAGUAAUAGGCGUCAAAGAACAAAACAGCUAAAUCGUAUGUCAGAUUACCUCUGAAGGAAUAGUUGUGUAAUGACAUGUUAACCAACACAAAGUAAUAUUAGUAUAUCUGGUCAAGCAAAUACUCGUCUGAGACGGCUCAUGUCUAAAGAUUGAUAUUCUAAAGCAUCUGUUUUCCGAUCCA